UGCAACAGGGGAGCCAUACCAGAAGCCAAAGAAAAACUCCGAGGCACUGAAUUUUGGUUACCAAUGGCUCUUCUUCAAUUGCUAAAGGAACCCUCUUUGGUUCUUGCAUUCAGUUUCCUCGUAUUGUUGCUCAAGUUUUUCUUUAAGGAUAAGUCAGGGAAAAGAAAACUCAAACUUCCACCAAGCCCUCCGAAGCUGCCUGUCAUUGGUAACCUUCACCAGCUCAGAAACAAACCUCACAUAUCUCUUCGCGGCUUGGCAGAGAAGUACGGUCCACUGAUUUACUUACAACUUGGUGAGAUCCCAACUGUGGUGGUUUCAUCGGCUAGAGUAGCCAAGGAAGUACUGAAAACCCAUGACCUUGCGCUAUCAAGCCGUCCACAAAUCUUUUCUGCCAAACACCUCUUCUAUAAUUGCACAGAUGUUGUCUUCUCCCCUUACAGCGCCUAUUGGAGGCAUAUCCGUAAGAUUUGCAUACUUGAGCUACUAAGUGUCAAACGUGUGCAAUCUUAUAGCCAUGUUAGAGAAGAAGAAGUUGCUCGUCUGGUUUGUCGGGUUGCAGAGUCUUAUCCCGGCACCACCAAUCUGACCAAGAUACUUGGACUGUAUGCAAAUGAUGUUCUCUGUCGAGUAGCAUUUGGAAGGGGUUUUUCAGAAGGUGGAGACUAUGAUCGGCAUGGGUUCCAAAAGAUGCUCGAGGAAUACCAGGAAUUGCUUGGAGGAUUUUCUAUUGGAGAUUUCUUCCCUUCCAUGGAGUUUAUACACAGCUUAACAGGAAUGAAAUCGAGACUUAAAGAGACCUUCCGGCGCUUUGAUGAACUUUUCGACCAGAUGGUGACUGAUCAUCUCAAUCCCAAUAGAGAAAAAGAGAAGCACAAGGAUCUCGUGGAUGUUUUACUUGACGUACAGAAGAGCGAUUCUGCUGAAAUACCUCUCACCAUGGAUAAUGUCAAGGCUAUUAUCUUGGACAUGUUUGCUGCAGGAACUGACACAACUUUCAUCACCCUCGAUUGGGGAAUGACAGAGCUUUUGAUGAACCCCAAAGUACUGGGAAGAGCGCAAGCAGAAGUACGAGGAGUUGUCGGAGAAAGAAGAGUCGUGUUAGAGAGUGAUCUGCCUCAGCUGGACUACCUGAAAGCUGUCAUCAAAGAGAUAUUUAGAUUGCAUCCACCUGCUCCAGUACUAGUCCCUAGAGAAUCCAUGGAAGAUGUAAGCAUUGAUGGGUAUGAUAUUCCAGCCAAAACAAGAAUUUUUGUCAAUGCCUGGGCAAUAGGGAGGGACCCGGAAUCUUGGGAAAAUCCAGAAACGUUUGAACCAGAAAGAUUCAUGGGUAGCACUAUAGACUUCAAGGGGCAGCAUUAUGAGCUUUUACCUUUCGGGGCUGGUAGAAGAGUUUGUCCAGGUAUUACGUUCGGAACAGCAACCACGGAGCUUGCUCUAGCUCAACUUCUGCAUAGCUUUGAUUGGGAGCUUCCUCCAGGUACUACAUCUAAAGAUUUGGACCCGGCAGAAGUUUUUGGUAUCACAAUGCACAGGAUAGCCGAUCUGAUUCUUGUCGCCAGACCACGGUUUCCCUGAGACAAGAAAUCAUCAAUAAGCCACAUGAUAAUCUAUGUAUCAUCGAACUGCAUCUGAUUUCAUAUAAAAGACGAGAAGAUUCACGCAUUGUCCUUGGCCAAUAUCUCAGAUGGAGACUCCUAAAGUAAAUGGAAUAAAUUGUACUUACCUUUUUUCUCUAUGAUAUAUGAUUUUCCUUCCCGUUUUCCCCUCCUUUA